AUGGCGUCUACUGGCAUGUCGAGUCUUCAGGCACGGGCACUCAAGAUGAAAAAGCUCGCAAAGGCAGAGAAGAAGGCGAGAGCCCUUGCCAAAGGAGGCAAAUCAGCUAAUCCUGAAGUGGUUACCACCACCUCAGAUGAGACACCUGAUGGUCAAGAAGAGGAGCUCAGUGCAACCCACGGAGGGCAGGACGUGGAGGACCUCGAGCAGUCUGAAUCGGGCACAGAGGACUCACCAAAUGAUGUUACUUCUGUGGCUCCUGUUGCCCCAAAAUCUUCGGCGUCUGCAACUUUUGAUUCCCUAGGCUUGAUUUCCCCCCUACUCGAAGCUCUUAAGCAAGUUGGCUAUUCAAAGCCGACAGAAAUUCAAGCAGGGAUAAUUCCGCAUGCAUUGGAGGGAAAAGAUGUUAUCGGUGUGGCCGAAACGGGCUCAGGUAAAACUGCUGCAUUUGCUCUGCCGAUUCUUCAAAAAUUGUGGGAUGAGCCUCGGGGGCUUUUUGCUUGUGUCCUUGCACCCACUCGAGAGCUUGCCUAUCAAAUAGCGCAACAAUUUGAGGCAUUGGGCUCAGCGAUUGGCGUUCGAUGUGCAACGAUUGUGGGGGGAAUGGACAUGAUGAGUCAAAGUAUUGCAUUAGGGAAGCGACCGCAUAUAAUAGUUGCCACACCAGGUCGACUUAAUGAUCAUUUGGAGAACACAAAGGGGUUCUCACUGCGUGGGCUGCGCUACCUGGUCUUAGACGAAGCCGACCGGUUAUUGGACAUGGAUUUUGGACCUGUCAUUGAUAAGAUUUUGAAGGUUCUGCCACGAGAGCGGAAUACGUUUUUAUUCAGCGCUACGAUGAGCACGAAAGUAGCGAAACUUCAAAGAGCUAGUUUGCAGAACCCUGUACGAGUAGAGGUUAACGGAAAAUACUCAACAGUAUCUACGCUCUUACAAUAUUACCUUUUGACGCCAUUCGCCAAUAAAGACGUUCAUUUGGUCCACCUCGCCAAUGAACUUGCGGCCAACUCUAUAAUAAUUUUCACAAGAACGGUUCACGAUGCUCAGAGACUGAGUAUGGUGUUGAGAAACCUGGGUUUCCCAGCUGUUCCAUUACACGGCCAGCUCAGUCAGAGCGCCAGAUUAGGAGCUUUAAAUAAAUUUAAGGCAGGAGGACGGAGCUUGCUGAUAGCGACUGAUGUAGCGUCGCGUGGCCUAGAUAUCCCAACUGUCGAUGUUGUGAUCAAUUUUGAUAUCCCCACCCACUCAAAAGACUACAUUCAUCGCGUCGGUCGCACAGCCCGCGCCGGCCGCUCCGGGAAAAGUAUUACCCUCGUUACUCAAUAUGAUGUUGAGCUGUUGCAGCGUAUUGAAGGAGUCAUUGGGAAAAAGAUGAUGGAGUUCCCUAUCGACAAGGCUGAAGUAAUGUUACUCAAGGAGCGUGUGGGUGAGGCGCAGAGGUUGGCGGUACAGGAAUUAAAAGAGUCAGGUGGGGCUGCGGGUGCAAGGGGUGGGAGGAAACGUCACAGAGACAAGGAUGAAAGUGGGAGAGAUAGAAUGGAUAGGGACGAUGACGUUGUAGAAGCAGGGACAGAGACUUCCACACAGUAUUUGAUAGCCAAUAUAGGAGAAGCUUACAAGUUUGAGAUGUCCGACCCAAGCUCAUUCGACAUUCACGUUUGGAAUGCGUCACGUCCAAAUCAGGCCACUCGUACCCGUCCUAAUACUCGAGCACCGAACACGUUCCGUGUCUCUCGGCAGGAUCCCGACCCAAACCCUUCUCUCCUCCCGUCAACGUCACAUUUUAUGACUACCACUUGGUCUCCUCCACCCCCCACGACUCCCCCUGCCCAACCCUCUCGGGCUCCAUCGAUAUCUCGCUCAUACUCGGACCAAAAUGCGCACUCCACCGAAACUGUUUCUUCUAGCUCUUAUAUGAUGCUGCUCCGCGAACUUGAACAAUUCUCGAGCAGUGAAAUAACGAACGCUCUGGUUUCGCUCGGUUUGAGUCACAGGGCGAUGGAUGCUCAUGUACAACGUGGUGGACGACUUCCGGAUAUUCACAUGCUAUCUCCCUGGCCGAAUGAUCGUUCAGGCCAGUACAUGCGAAUUUGCGGGUACGCAUAUACAAUCAAAAUAGUGCCAGCGGCUACUGCCUAUCCUCCGAUCGUGAGUAUUCUCCCUCAGGCUAUCGACGCCGCCCCAAUGGGAUCGAUAAUUGUCGUUUCUGUUCCCCUAAAUAUGAAUACAGCAGUCUGGGACAAUAACAUGACUGUCCAUGCUAAAAGCCGGGGAAUCCGUGGCGCAAUCAUUGGGGGGCGCACCAAAGAUAUUGUUCACCACCGGGCAGCCGGAUUCCCCGUAUUUGCUCAAGGGAAUCAAGAAACUGCGUUUGGGCAAACAGGUUUUGUUCACCCGGUGGAGACCAGUGGACCUAUUAUAGUUUUCCCUCGCACAGAUUUGGAGGAUUGUUUUGAAAACGGGCUCUCUGCCUUGAAAAUCCAUCCUGGUGAUAUUAUCGUGGCGGAUCGUGACGGAGUAGCAUGUAUUCCACCUGAACUGUCUCGGAGGGUGUUUGAGAUCUGCCGAUAUACAAGACAAAUGAAUGAGGGGCAAGCAGGCGGAAUGUGA